UCAGUCAGUGGCUUCAUGGAGUUAUGUACCUCUGAUCCGCCGCCAUGGAUUGCAAUCCGCGAUCACUCCUCUUCUUUUUACCUCUUUUGUUGUCCUGCGUUGUUCCUGCGUUCCCCAUCAUCUACCCCCCCAAUGAAGUCAACCUGUUAGACUCUAAAGCAAGCCAGGGGGAGUUAGGAUGGAUUUCCUACCCAUCGCAUGGGUGGGAAGAGAUCAGUGGGGUGGACGAGCACUACACUCCGAUCAGGACCUUCCAGGUCUGCAACGUGAUGGAGUACAGCCAGAACAACUGGCUCCGCACCAACUGGAUCCCUCGCCAGUCUGCCCAGAAGAUCUACGUGGAGCUGAAGUUCACCCUGAGGGACUGCAACUCCAUCCCGCUGGUCCUGGGCACCUGCAAGGAGACCUUCAACCUCCUCUACCUGGAGGCGGACGACGACCAGGGCAGCCACUUCAGGGAGCACCAGUUCUCCAAGAUCGACACCAUCGCCGCUGACGAGAGCUUCACCCAAAUGGAUCUCGGCGACCGCAUCCUCAAGCUCAACACUGAGGUGCGCGAGGUGGGUCCCAUGACCAAGAAGGGCUUCUACCUGGCGUUCCAGGACGUGGGCGCCUGCGUAGCUUUGGUUUCGGUGAGGGUUUACUUCAAGAAGUGCCCAUACACUGUGAGGAAUCUGGCCUCCUUCCCCGACACUGUGCCCAUGGACUCGCAGUCGCUGGUGGAGGUCAAAGGCUUGUGUGUCAAUCACUCCAAAGAGGAGGAGCCUCCACGAAUGUACUGCAGCACAGAUGGGGAGUGGCUCGUGCCUAUUGGGAAGUGUCUGUGCAACCCAGGGUUCGAGGAGCGAAGCAACACCUGCCAAAUGUGCAGGGCGGGCUUCUACAAAUCAACGCUCGGAAACAUGGAGUGUUCCAAGUGUCCGCCUCAUAGCGUCUCUCACCACGAGGGGUCGCUGCACUGCGGCUGCGAGAAAAACUACUUCCGCGCCGAGGGAGACCCCGCCGCCAUGGCCUGUACCCGUCCUCCUUCAGCUCCUCGGAACGUGAUCUCCUCCAUCAACGAGACGUCGGUUAUCUUGGACUGGAGCUGGCCAGAGGACACCGGUGGCCGCAGGGACAUCACCUUUACUGUUCUCUGCAAACGCUGCCGUGCUGUCACUGCCAAUGGUAGCAACGGCGGAACCAUGCGCUGUGAGCCGUGUCGUAGCAACGUUCGCUUUCUGCCAAGAGCCACGGGCCUCCACAACACCACAGUGACGGUGGGCGACCUGCUCGCUCACACAAACUACACUUUUGAGAUUGAAGCGCUGAACGGGGUGUCACCGUUAGCACCCAAGAUGAGGCAGUACGCCGCUGUCACGAUCACCACCAACCAAGCUGCGCCAUCUCCGGUAACAGUGAUCAGAAAGGAAAAGACGUCUCGAAACAGUGUGUCUCUGUCCUGGCAGGAACCAGAAAGACCCAACGGCAUCAUCCUGGACUAUGAGAUCAAAUACUAUGAAAAGGAGGAGCAUGAGACCAGCUACACCAUCCUCCGUGCACGCGGUUGUAAUGUGAGUUUAAACGGGCUGAAGCCUAACACCGCCUACCUGCUGCAGAUCAGAGCUCGCACCGCCGCAGGAUACGGAGCCAGCAGCCCCAGCUUCCAGUUCGAGACCAGCCCUGACUCAGCCUUCUCUAUCUCCAGUGAGAGCAGCCAGGUGGUUCUGAUCGCCAUUUCCUCAGCCGUGGCCAUCAUCCUGCUCACUGUGCUGCUCUACGUCCUCAUCGGCAGGUUUUGUUGCCACAGCAAAUCCAAACAUCCUGAUGAGAAAAGACUUCACUUUGGCAACGGUCACUUGCGUCUGCCGGGUAUCAGGACCUACGUGGACCCCCACACAUACGAGGACCCGAGCCAGGCCGUGCACGAGUUUGCCAAAGAGCUGGACGCUUCCUGUAUCGCCAUAGAUAAAGUUGUGGGAGCAGGUGAGUUUGGCGAGGUGUGCAGUGGUCGCCUGAAGCUGCCCAGCAAGAAGGAGAUCUGUGUGGCCAUCAAGACUCUUAAAGGAGGAUACACAGACAAGCAGAGACGGGACUUUCUUGCUGAGGCAUCGAUCAUGGGACAGUUUGACCACCCCAACAUCAUCAGGCUGGAGGGGGUGGUGACGCGCAGUAAACCUGUGAUGAUUGUCACAGAAUACAUGGAGAAUGGAUCCCUGGACAGCUUCUUGAGGGGAGGUAAGAUCCCUAUUCGGUGGACAGCACCAGAGGCUAUCGCCUACAGGAAGUUUACAUCAGCCAGUGAUGCUUGGAGUUAUGGCAUCGUGCUCUGGGAAGUGAUGUCAUACGGGGAGCGGCCGUAUUGGGAGAUGUCCAAUCAGGAUGUAAUAAAGGCUGUGGAUGAGGGUUACCGCCUCCCCCCGCCCAUGGACUGCCCCGCCACUCUCUACCAGCUGAUGUUGGACUGCUGGCAGAAGGAGAGAAAUAACCGGCCGAAGUUUGAACAGAUUGUCAGCAUCCUGGAUAAACUCAUCCGCAAUCCUGGUAGCCUCAAAAUCACGGCCAACACCACGUCCAGGCCGGCUAACUUGUUGCUGGACAGGAGUAGUGCGGAGGUUCCCUCGAUGGGGACGAUGAGUGACUGGAUGGAUGGAAUGAGGACCUUGCCCUGCAAAGAGGCCUUCUCUGGGGUCAGCUACAGCUCCUGUGACACCCUGGCCAAGACUUCCACAGAAGAUCUGAAAAAGGUUGGAGUGACCAUUGUAGGACCACAGAAGAAGAUCGUGAGCAGCCUCAAAGCCCUAGAUUCCCACACCAAGGACGGCCCAGUACCUGUUUAAUAAUAAAGAAAAAACAACCUGUCUUUCAGUCUGUGUUAACAGACCAUGGUUGCUAAUCGCACUCUAACACAGUGGCUGCUUAUCCAAACUAGAAACGGAUGGAAGUGGAGGAAAAAUAUAUGAUUCAGGCGAGGGGCUUUGAUUGUUUUGUUGAGAGACGAUAUCAAGUCCUGACAAGUGGAACAGGAGAGAGAUCAGCCACUGAACCAGCUGACUCUUCAUCCCUCUGUCCCUCCAUGCCCAAGUUGAGAUGCCUUACAGACUAACCAGAGGGUGGGAAGAGCCAAGGAGGUGAGUGAGACCUGGUCAGGGAUUCAAACUGGGUCUGGACUUGGAUACAGGGCAAGGACUAGACUAGCGUGGAAGCCAGAGCACUCCAAUACUGGCAAAGCUGGGUGGCAUAGCCUUCCCUUUAUGGCUCAAAGGGGGUCAGGCAAUGCUCACAGUCUCUUCCCACCAGCCUGUGGAACGAGGCGGUGAAAUGUCUGAGAGGCCUCAUGUAGAGGAGCAAUGGCAGACAACAGCAGCUCACCCGGAUGUGGACCCUCUCUGGACUAAUGAAGCCUGAGGUGUGAGGUGUUGACGUGAACUACCUACAUUUACUGUCUCUAUCCAUGAGAGAGCUGGGCUGGCAUUUACACCAAGACAAUAACCAAACCAUUUUACUCUGUAGCUCUAACCUAUAACAUUUGCAUUCAAUAGAAAUGUCACAUAAAAGCAAUAAUGAUGAUAAUCCGUUUAAUAGUGUCAUCAUGGAAGCCAUGAGUCCGUCACAUGUACAAUGUAGUGAACGCUGUGCUUUGAAGGCACAGAGGCCAUAAUACACUUCACACACAUAAUUUUAUACGUUCUAUGUGCUUACGAGCAGAUUCUGUACAGUUUUUAGUGCUGUUCCCUCAACCGAACGCCCUUUGUGUGAAAUCUCAGGAUGUAUUCAUUCAUUUUUUUUGUUCUAACAGGGAGAAACAGAGCGGGCGAGGGGGAGCAUUGCCAGGAAUUGAGAUUGCAGGUUAGGAAAGAUGGGAGCCAGAAAAGGUUGAAGUGGAGGAAAAAGACUGAGAACUUUAAUCAUGCCUGCUGCACAGAUAAUUAUAAGCCUGAUUUUGGGUCUGAGUCCAUCCUCCCGACGUCUAUCCAUUGAAGAUUUGAGCCUCAUCUAAAACAGAUUAUCUGGCGAAAAACCUUAAAGACAUAGUGUUAAUGUCACUGACUGCUUCCCUGAUUUCAAAAUCGGGGAGGCCAGUCAUGUAAGGGAAAAUUGGGGAGACCCAUUUAGUGUGAUAAGAACGACAGUUUGGCGAGUAAGGGGGGGCUGGCGAGGAAUGGUCACCAACCAGAUGAUGCGUACCUGUGUUUAGAAACAAAACGUGGUGGCCCAUACCAGGUGGAUAGUAGAAUAGGAGGACAAACUUGUGUCCUAUUGUUUGUGCGAAACGUCACUCAUGAUGGCCUCCAUGUUCGUCUAAAUUCAGAAGUCAUUUGGUCUUGAGUUUCUGUGAGGUCCCAGAAUGUCCGGAAUCACCACUCAGAGAUGGUUUGUUUAAGCGCUAAGUUUGUGCUCCUGCAUCUCGACUGGAUUUAUCUAGCCUUCUUGAUUAAAUGAUCAAAAAUCUGUUACAUCUGUCGAUAAGUCUUAAUUCUGUCAUGUCAGUUAAGAUUUGAAAAUCCUCUAGUGUGCAGCAGGCAUUAGAUGAAGCAGUGUCAUCUAUCCAGGCCUCCGCUUCAGAUGCUGUUGUGUUGUGGAAGUGUUUAAAACUAGACGUGAGUUUGAACUUGAGUUUCUUCCUCAGGUGUUAGAGGAUUGGCAUCAUCAGCCCCACACAACACCAGGUGUAUUCUAUGUCACUUUAGAUCACGCUGCUUCUCUGAAAGUGUUGUUUGCUUUGGUCUGAAUCCAUAACGUAUUAACAAAAGCCGCGGGGGAUCUGUCAUUCACUUCUUUAAUCAGAACUGUGCUGUAAAAAAAACCUUUGUUCUACUUAAAAAUUUGCUCUUAAUCCAUAAAUCCUGGUGUGUAAAAUGCAAAACAUAGAAUUCUGCUUUAUUUUAAACCCACGUGGGAUCUGUCAUUUGCUUUGAUCAGAAAAUUGUUGUAAAAGAAAAAAAAAGUACUGUGUUCUUGCUUAAAUUUAGCUCUUAAUCCUUAAAUCCCAGCGUGUUAAAUGCAAAAAGUAUAGUGCCUCCUGUUGCUGGGUUCAGGGUUGGUUCAUGGUGGGAUCACCAAGCAAAAAGCUCCAGUUUGUCUUUGUUUUCAACGAAGUCUUGGUGUAUUUUCUGUGUUCUCACGAGGCCGUUGUGGUUUACGGUCACUGCUGUAAACCAACAGCAAGGUGUGGAAAUACCCUGAAAGAGACGUAACACUUCCAGUAGAUUCUUUUUCCUGGGUCAUCAUACCUCCAGGAUGGGAUUUCCUAAGGGCACCUUAGAACUUAAAUGAUAUGUUUAAAGAUGCCUCCUGCGUCAAUGUCACCCAGUCAACACACACCCAGUAUUUAUAAACUGGCACUUGGUACUUUGUGCUGUUGGUUGGGUCGUAUUUAACCACGAGGGUGCUUCUUUGAGCCUGUUCCAAGCACUUAGUACACGGUAUUUGAGCACUUUGAGUGGAAAUGUAACUGCCUUGGCUAUCGACUUAAGCUUAUCUCAUGGACAGGGGGUGAUUCUGGUGCCCUUUGGGAAACCCAGCCCUGUUCAGUGUCAUCGGUCGCUCCUCUGUUACUCGGUCUACCUGUGGAUGCUGCUGUUGCUGCUAUGUGUUCCAAUUAGCAUGUACAUACUGUAAACCAUCAUAACGAUAGCAACUAGCACUACAGAUCCCACUAUUUGUACAUGGCCAUCCCUCUUUGUAAAAAUGUUUGUAUGUAUAAAAGAAUAAAUAAAAAAAAAUUGUGCAACAUUUUAAUUAAAAAAAAGAGACAAAAAUCAUCUGUAUUAUAUUUUAUCUUGUUUUGAGUUAUAAUUGUCAGCUUUGUUUUUUUUCUACAAUAAAAAGGCGAUUAUGAUUACGUUAUUAUUUAUUUGUUAACAUUAUAAAGCGCAAUGUUUUUUUCUUUUGUAGCAUACAGUAAAUUAUGUGCCAGUGCUAUCUGUGUUUUUGGUUUUUUGACUUACUUUAUAAACCUGGGACAUCUGAGAGAGCAAUACUGUUAUAAUGCACCCCUAUAUCCAGAUUCCUCAUCUUCUGUCUCAAGACUGACUCGUGUGUCUGUGUGAGAGUUUCCGUGUGCAAAUGUAGAUGGCCUUGUCUACUAAUGUAAAAUGAUUUGUAGUGGAAACAUUUAUAUUUUUAUAAUAAAUAUUGGCAAAAUA